GAAGAUCUGCCAAAAUGAUGUCACUUAAACAGUCCGAAGUAACAAAAACGAGAGUCACUAUCAACACUUCUCUUCGCCCUGCUGACCAGAAUAACUGCUUAAUACCACCCGGCACAUUGUUUACUUCCGAGAAUUCGAUACAAAGUGCAUGGAACCCAGUGAAUAGGAACUCGUCCAGCCAUUCAUAUAUCUGAGGGCAAAACAUCCGCUUUUGACCCUUGUGACAUUUAGAGCUGAUUCACUCAGAAAUCAGUCAGGUGUGUGAAGUAUUUUCUUUCUUUGGUGUCAAGUUUUACCGAUGACCAUUGUUAACGUGGAUGAACCCCUCAUCAUAUGAACUGUGGUGCGAGUUAAAGUGUCUUAGUCGGUCUUGGGAAAUCCACGCGGACUCAAGACACAUGUAACUAUGUGCAUUAAAACGACGCUAAUGAAAUUCCUCCUGGGACUGUGCAUCUUGCACUUCGGGCAUCUUGUUCUAGCACAAGGUGUACUAGAUGCAGAUGGAUGUGACCCCAAUCCCUGUUUGCAUAGUGGAAGUUGUAGCAUUGACCCGGUUAUGAAUUACACGUGCUCCUGCCAGCUUGGGUAUGUUGGGAGAAACUGUGAAAUAAGUGAAUUUAGUACCACCAGUUCAGAGACUAUCACUGACAUCGGUGAAGUAUCAACUACCGUGGGCGUGAAUACAACGACCAAUGUAACUUACAGUAGUAGUGGGGCAUCUACCACCUUCACCACUACCACGCCCUCUACCGAUACUCUCCCCUGGUAUUCUACAAUCUACGACACUACGACCUAUCCUACUGGUGUCAGCACGGAGACACCACUAGGUACUGGUGUCAGCACGGAGACACCACUAGGGUCACACGGCGCACCUUGUACACGGACACAGGACUGCAUGGCUGGCGACAACAACACCGUGUGCACAGACACAGGGCAGUGCACGUGUAACACCGGGUUACCGCCUUAUUACCUGGACGGAGCUAACCUCUGUGCUCCGUAUUACAAUGCGGAAUGUAGCAAAAACACCAGCUGUCUCCCACAAAUUACCAGUUACUACUGUAACGAUAUCAACAGGUGUGUCUGCGGGUUUGGCCUGAUCUAUAACCAGGAAAUGCAGCGCUGUAUAUAUGGCUAUAACCAGGAGUGUUACAGUGAACUUGGCUGCGGGGAUUCCUCCCUCGUUUGUACGGGUCUCCUGUUGGACAACACGCCCGGCAGCUGUAAAUGCGCUCCUGGUCACAAUUUCCUACGGGGUCGAUGUCGAGCAGGUGAGUAG